ACCUCUUCUUAAUUUCAAUGACUUAUAAGGUUGGCCUUGCAAUAACCAACGAUUGAUACUCUACCUGUUACGCUACGUUUGUUUCACUGUUGUACAAGUGUUCGGUCAAGUCUCAUAAACCAUUAGAAGGGAGAUGAAAACGGCGUUAUAUAUGAAAAAAGUGAGGACGUUUUGAGCUUUUGCGCUUUCGUCUAGAAUGGAACUCACAGAUUCUGGAGAAAACUGACUGAUUCAUUAGCGUUAUUAGAGGAUGUUGGCAGGCUUUUUGUUAGAUUAGUGACUAAUAAUUUAGGAAUUUUUGGAAUAAUGGGUUCAGAGGGAGGAGGAGGACGAUCGGAGAAUGUGCAACAGAGUUCGCGGUUCGUUGCGACAUGGAUUGUAGGAGGGGCGGUGUUAGGGUUGUCUGUGCUUGGGUUGAGAUUUGCUUUGCCGAAGAAGAAGAAGAGACCUAUAAGGGUGUAUAUGGAUGGUUGUUUUGAUAUGAUGCAUUAUGGUCAUUGUAAUGCUCUUCGACAAGCUAGGGCUCUUGGUGACCAAUUGGUUGUUGGAGUUGUUAGCGAUGCGGAAAUUAUAGCGAAUAAAGGCCCUCCUGUCACUCCUCUUCAUGAGAGGAUGAUUAUGGUUGGUGCUGUGAAGUGGGUGGAUGAAGUCAUCUCUGAUGCCCCCUAUGCCAUUACUGAAGAAUUUAUGAGGAAACUAUUUGAUGAGUAUAACAUAGACUAUAUUAUUCAUGGGGAUGACCCUUGUCUUCUUCCUGAUGGAACUGAUGCUUAUGCCCUUGCUAAGAAGGUUGGUCGCUAUAAGCAAAUCAAGCGCACAGAAGGAGUUUCAAGCACUGAUAUUGUUGGUCGAAUGCUUCUUUGUGUGAGGGAGAGGACCACUGUUGACUCCCCCAGUCAUGCCUCCUUGCAGAGACAAUUUAGCCAUGGUCACAGCCAAAAAUCUGACGACGGUGGUGCUGGGAGCGAUACACGCGUAUCUCAUUUUCUUCCUACGUCUCGUAGAAUUGUACAAUUUUCGAAUUCGAAGGGAGCUGGACCUGAUGCUCGCAUAGUCUAUAUUGAUGGUGCCUUUGAUCUUUUCCAUGCUGGACAUGUAGAGAUACUAAGGCUUGCUCGAGGACUUGGAGACUUUCUACUAGUAGGCAUUCAUACUGAUCAAACUGUAAGUGCCAAUAGAGGUGUACACCGUCCAAUUAUGAAUCUUCAUGAAAGGAGCCUAAGUGUUUUGGCUUGUCGCUAUGCUGAUGAAGUGAUUAUUGGUGCUCCAAGGGAGGUGUCAAAAGAUAUGAUAACAACAUUUAAUAUCUCUUUAGUUGUUCAUGGAACAGUAGCCGAGGACAACGAUUUUCAGAAGGAGACGGGUAACCCAUAUGCUGUACCAAUUAGCAUGGGCAUUUUUCAAGUAUUGGAUAGUCCUUUAGAUAUUACAACAAGCACAAUAAUAAGGAGAAUUGUGUCAAAUCAUGAGGCUUACCAGAAACGAAAUGAGAAGAAAGCAGCUAGUGAGAAGAGGUACUACGAGGGAAAAAGUUACGUCUCUGGUGAUUAGUUGACAUUACAGAAUCAAGAUGAUAAAUUGGUGCGAGGCAAGAAAGCUGCUUCAGAAGAUGCAACUUGUACACCCCCCACCCUCUUUAUUUAUUAUUUUUAUUUUUAUGCCUUUUGUUCUUCAACCUUUUUAGGAGGCCCCUGCGUCAAACUGCACGUUAGUGCACAUGACGUUCUCUAGUUAAACAGAAGUAAUUCUUUGACCAAAAACAUAAGAAGUAGAUAGUGAGAAAUAAUGUAUCAUCAUGACACAUUUGAGGCUCCCGUACAGCAAGUGGACUACUUUCUCCAUUAAUAUUAUCAUUACUAGUACUAGCAUUUUUCUUUCGUUGUUUUUGUAUGAACCAUAUGUAUGUCAUGCUAAUGAAAUGCGGAAUUUGUACUUGUGAAGUUGUAUAUGCGUCCGUCCACAAUACAUCUGGUAUUCUGGUUGUGCAAA